ACCACAACAACAACAACCACAACAACAACAACCACAACAACAACAAUGACAACAAAUCAAACAAUGAUAGUUUCAUCAUUAUCUAUCUUUGUCCCUUCAACAUGCACAUAUCCAUCCUAUAUUGGUUCUACAUGCAAUAUUUCUAGUGAUUCUUGUGCUAUGCUUGACCCUUGUCAAAAUGGAGGUACUUGUACGAAUAACAAUAAUGUUCCCAAUGGAUAUAGUUGUAUAUGCUUAAAUGGAUUUAAUGGUACUUAUUGUGAAGUUGAUACUCGACCAUGUAAACCAAAUACUUGUUGGUAUAAUGGUAGUUGUUCGAAUAGAUCUAAUAGUAAUUUUACAUGUGAAUGUCAAGACGGGUGGGAAGGUAUUCAUUGUGAAACAAUGAUGAAUUAUUGUGAAAAUGUAACAUGUGAGAAUGGUGGUAUAUGUCAAGGAUUAUUUCAAGAUUAUAAUUGUGAAUGUUUAAGUGCAAGUUAUUCUGGUCGUCACUGUGAGAUAACUACAAAAACAUUAGUUGCUCGAAAAGUUAUCUCAAAAUCAAUAGGUUAUAUAUGCAUGCUGUUGAUAAUAAGUUUUGUUAGUUUUAUUAUUAUACUUGAUAUAUUAAAAUAUGGUUUUCAUAUUGAUCCAGCUCGAACUGAACGUAAACGAAUACGACAGAAAAAAGGCAAAAAGAAGAAACGAAAGCCUGCUGUUACAAUACGUUUUCAAUAUACUGAAGCAGCAGUACUUUCUCAUUCUAAUGUAGCCGAGACAAUUGUUUGA